AGCGGCGGCGGCGGCGGCGGCGGCGGCGGCGGCCAGAAUGGGGGCCCAGCUAGUGGUGCUCAACGUGUACGACAUGUACUGGAUGAACGAAUACACCUCGUCCAUUGGGAUUGGAGUUUUUCAUUCAGGAAUUGAAGUAUAUGGCAGAGAAUUUGCUUAUGGUGGCCAUCCUUACUCUUUUUCUGGAAUAUUUGAAAUUUCCCCAGGAACUGCUUCUGAACUAGGAGAAACAUUUAAACUUAAAGAAGCUGUUGUUUUAGGGAGCACUGGUUUCCUAAAAGAUGAUAUAGAAAAAAUUGUAGAAGAACUGGGAAAAGAAUAUAAAGGCAAUGCCUGUCAUUUAAUGCAUAAAAGCUGCAAUCAUUUUUCUUCAGCUUUAUUGGCGAUUCUUUGUGGGAAAGAGAUUCCUCGCUGGAUCAAUCGACUCGCCUAUUUCAGCUCCUGUAUACCCUUUCUCCAGAAUUGCCUCGCACAGGAGUGGCUCACUCCCGCAGCCCUGCAGUCCAGUGUCAGCCAAGAGCUCCAGGAUGAGCUGGAAGAAGCGGAGGAUGCUGCAUCCGCCGCAAUGGCAAGCGCCGCCGCGGGCUCCAGACCCCGGCGACACACAAAGCUAUGAGUGUCCCCAAAGUUACCUUCGGAACUGUCUCCGGCAGU